GGCCUCCCUUCGUGCUGCGGGUACCUGUGGAUAUUCUUGGGCGGUAGGGCUGUCAGCUACGCUGGAAGUCACCGCGGGCCAGUUUCGGCGCUCCGGCUCUGAUCUUUGUGGAUGCUGUGCUUCUCGAGGCAAGUGAACUUCAAGGACUGACCAGUUCCUGAAUUUUUAAACCAUGGCCUGCUCAUUGGUCGUGUAUUCAUUGAACAGAUCAUUCAGCAUCUCCUAUGUGCUCAGUCUUCUGCCAGGAGCAGUGCUGGAGCAGAAGCACAAGCCUGGGUCAGUGAUGUUCAGUGAUGUGUCCAUAGUCUUCUCUCAGGAGGAGUGGGAAUGCCUAGACUUGGAACAGAGGGAUUUGUACAGAGAUGUGAUGUUGGAGAACUACGGCAACUUGGUCUCAUUGGCAGGAUGUUUCAUUUCUAAACCAGAUGUGAUUUCCUUAUUGGAGCAAGGAAAAGAGCCCUGGAAAGUUGUGAAGAAAGGAAGACGACGGCACUCAGAUUUGGAGACCAUGUAUGAGACCAAGAAGUUAUUUUCGGAAAAUGACGUUUAUGAAGUAAAUUUAUCCCAGUGGAAGAUAAUGGAAAGAAUGAAAAACCGUGGCCUUAAGGACCUUGUUUUAAAACAUGAUUGGGAAUGCAAAAGCAAAUUUGAAGGACAAGAGGGACCUCAACAGGGAUAUUUCAGUCAAAUGAAAAUCAUUUCUGGAAAAGUAUCCUCAUACCAAAAACACAUGUCUCCAACUCCACAUCAGAGAACUCAUUUUGUUGAGAAACCCUAUGAAUGUAAGGAAUGUGGGAAGGCCUUUAGAGUACGCCAACAACUUACUUUUCAUUACAGAAUUCACACUGGUGAAAAACCCUAUGAAUGUAAGGAUUGUGGGAUGGCCUUUAGGCAGACUGCACAUCUUACUCGACAUCAGAGACUUCAUUCUGGUGAAAAACUCUAUGAAUGUAAGGAGUGUGGAGAAGCUUUCAUAUGUGGCUCAGAACUUAGAGUACAUCAGAAAACUCAUAUUGUUGAGAAGCCCUAUGAAUGUAAAGAAUGUGGGAAGUCCUUUAGAGUGCGUGGACAACUUACUCUCCAUCAGAGGAUUCAUACUGGUGAGAAACCCUUUGUGUGUAAAGAAUGUGGGAAGGCCUUUAGACAGUUUGCACACCUUACACGACACCAGAGAAUUAAUAUUUCUGACAAACCCUACGAAUGUAAAGAAUGUGGGAAGCCCUUCUUGUGUGCCUCAGGCCUUAGAGUACAUUACAAACUUCAUACUGGUGAGAAGCCCUAUGAAUGUAAGGAAUGUGGGAAGGCCUUUAGAGUGCGGCAGCAAUUAACUCUCCAUCAGAGAAUUCAUACUGGUGAGAAACCCUAUGAGUGUAAGGAAUGCGGAAAGACCUUUAGUCGUGGUUAUCAUCUUAUUCUCCAUCACAGAAUCCAUACUGGUGAGAAACCUUAUGAAUGUAAGGAAUGCUGGAAGGCCUUCAGUCGUUACUCACAACUUAUUUCACAUCAGAGUAUUCAUAUUGGUAUUAAACCGUAUGACUGUAAGGAAUGUGGGAAAACCUUUAGACUACUCUCACAACUUACUCAGCAUCAAAGUAUCCAUAUUGGUGAGAAACCCUAUGAAUGUCAAGAAUGUGGGAAGGCCUUUAGAUUGCGCCAAAAACUUACUCUGCAUCAGAGCAUUCAUACUGGUGAGAAACCCUUUGAAUGUAAGGAAUGUAGGAAGGCUUUUAGACUUAAUUCAUCCCUCAUUCAACAUUUGAGAAUUCAUUCUGGUGAGAAACCCUAUGAAUGUAAGGAAUGUAAGAAGGCUUUUAGACAGCAUUCACACCUUACCCAUCAUCUGAAAAUUCAUAAUGUAAAAGUACCUGGAAGCCCUGAUAAGUCAGGCAGUCGUCACGCCCGAAUGACCGCUGUGCGCGCUCUCUUUGAGCGCUCGCGCCUGCGCUUGCGCACUCUGUGUAGCCCUCUGGGGCGGACACCAGUCCCUCCGUGUGCGGACUACGCUUCCCACAAGCCUCCGCGCCUAGCAGUACUCCAGUAUACGUGGGUAUAUGAAAUCAUAGAGUUGGUUCAUGACUUGGAAGAAACCAUGGCCCACGGUUCAGUGACAUUCAGGGAUGUGGCAAUAGACUUCUCACAGGAAGAAUGGGAAUGCCUGGGCCCUGCUCAGAGGGACUUGUACAGGGAUGUGAUGUGGGAGAACUAUAGCAACUUCAUCUCAUUAGCACCUUCCAUUUCUAAGCCAGAUGUGAUUACUUUAUUGGAUGAAGGGAAGGAGCCUGGGAUGGUUGUGAAGGAAGGGACAAGAAGACACUGCCUUGAUUUGGAGUCCAGAUACACAACCAAUAAUUUCUCUCCAGAAAAGGAUAUUUAUGAAAUAUAUUCAUUUCAAUGGGAGAUAAUGGAAAGAAUUAAAAGCUAUAACCUUCAGGGCUCCAUUUUUGGUAAUGAUUGGGAAUGCAAAAGCAAUAUUGAGGGGGAAAAGCGACCGCAAGAGGGAUAUUUAAGGCAAAUUACCUCUGAAGAAGUUACCACUUAUAAAAGUCACGAUUUCUUUACUAAUUAUCAGAGAGUUCAUAAUGGAGAAAAGUUAUAUGAAUGUAAGGAAUGCGGGAAGACCUUUAUUCGUCGCUCAACACUUAGUCAACACCUGAGAAUUCAUACUGGUGAGAAACCUUAUAAAUGUAAGGAAUGUGGACAGGCCUUUAGACAGCGUGCACACCUUAUUCGACAUCACAAACUUCAUACUGGUGAGAAACCCUAUGAAUGUAAGGAAUGUGGGAAGGCCUUUACAGUGCUCCAAGAACUUACUCAACAUCAGAGACUUCAUACCGGUGAAAAACCUUAUGAAUGUAAAGAAUGUGGAAAGGCCUUUAGAGUGCAUCAGCAACUUGCUCGACAUCAGAGAAUUCACACUGGCGAGAAACCGUAUGAAUGUAAGGAAUGUGGGAAGACCUUUAGACAGUGUACGCACCUUACUCGACAUCAGAGACUUCAUACUGCUGAGAAGUUGUAUGAAUGUAAAGAAUGUGGGAAAGCCUUUGUAUGUGGUCCAGACCUAAGAGUCCAUCAGAAAAUUCAUUUUGGUGAGAAGCCCUAUGAAUGUAAGGAAUGUGGAAAGGCUUUUAGAAUAUGUCAACAACUUACUGUCCAUAAGAGUAUCCAUACUGGUGAGAAGCCCUAUGAAUGUAAGGAAUGUGGAAAGACUUUUAGAUUAAGGCAACAACUUGUUCGCCAUCAGAGAAUUCAUAAUCGUGAGAAACCCUAUGAAUGUAUGGAAUGUUGGAAGAACUUUAGUAGUUACUCACAGCUUAUUUCACAUCAGAGCAUUCAUAUUGUUGAGAGACCCUAUGAAUGUGAAGAAUGUGGUAAGGCCUUUAGGGUGAUCUCACAACUUACUCAACAUCAAAGUAUCCAUACUGGUGAAAAACCUUAUGAAUGUAAAGAAUGUAGGAAACCCUUUAGACUGCUCUCACAACUUACUCAACAUCAGAGUAUUCAUACUGGUGAGAAGCCUUAUGAAUGUAAGGAGUGUGGUAAGGCUUUUAGACUUUAUUCAUUUCUUACUCAACACCAGAGAAUUCAUACCGGGGAGAAACCCUAUAAAUGUAAGGAAUGCAAGAAGGCCUUUAGACAGCAUUCACACCUUACUCAGCAUCAGAAAAUUCAUAGUGGAAUUUAAUAGAAGAAAGCCUUCAAAUAUAUAUUAUAUAAUAGAGCAUCAGGAAAUUCAUUCCCGAGAAAAUUAGUUUCAUGCACACAGCUCAUAAGAGAUUUCAUAUUAGAGCAAGUUUAUUGAUUUAAAAGCCUCCUGUCACCACUCAAACAUUAUUUAUCUUUAGCAAAUUUGUAUGUGAGAAUAAUGUAAUGAAUGUAGGAAAAUCUUUAGCCUUUUUAUCUUCUCCAUUUCACUACUUUAUUACUAGUGUGAUAUUGGCAAGAAACUUCAACUUCAGUGCCUCAUUUAACUCAUAACAUUGUGAUAAUAGUACCUAUGUGUAUGUUAUUUAUUGCUGUGUAACAAAUUACCACAUACAUAAUAGCUUAAAACAACACAUUAUCUCACAAUUUCUAUAGGUCAGGAGUCUGGGCAUGACUUAUUUGGGUCCUCUGCUUCAGAGUCUCUUAUAGGAUGUCAAGUUUUGGCUAGGACUGGAGUUUCAUCUGAAGGCUCAACUGAGGAAAGAUCCACUUCUAACCUCAUAUGGUUGUUGGGUGACUUCAUUUCAUUGAGGGCUGUUGGACUGAGGACCUCAGUUUCCAGUUGGCUGUUGGCCAAAAGCUAUCCUCAGUUACUUGCCACUUGGACCUCCAAUGUGGCUGUCUUCAUCAAAAAUCUGCAAGCUGAGAAGGCAAGACAGUCUGUUAGCAAGAUGGAAGUUAAAGUCUAAUGAUGAAAUCUAAUCAUGGAAGUGACAGUUCAUUACCUUUGCUGUGUUGGUUAGAAGCAAGUCACUAGGCCAGCCCAUAUUCAAGGGAAGGGGAUUAAUCAAGAGAGUAAAUUCCAGGAGGCAGGGACCAUAGUGGGCCUUUUUGGAGUGCUUGCCACACUGUAAUCGGAUUAUUUUAAGAAUUAAGUAGUUACAACUUGGAAGAAUAGCAGCCACAUAGAUGUAUUGUAAAUAUUAUCUAUAAUUGUUUUUAUUAUUAGUGUUUGUGAAGUCAUAUGGAAAGAAGAGUCUAUAGAAGUAAAUAAAUGUAGUUAGGCCUUCUGUCACCUCUCAGCACUUAUUAAACUUAAAAUAAUUUAUUCUAGAUAAAAUCUAGAUUAUAGUGAAUGUGUAUUCUUCAUCCCUUGAAAUGCAUCAGAAAUUUCAGGCUGAAAAGAAGCCCUAUGAAUUUCAUGAACAUGGGAUUGUUAAGAGUACAUCUGCUAAAGAAAAAGAGAAAUAUGAACUUACUUGCCUGUAAUUCCAAAAUGCAAAUGGCUUACAAUCCCCAUUGUCUGGACACAGGUUAAGAUUAAUUAGAAAAUGUCAAAAAGAUGGCAAGAAAGAAACUAACCGUUUGGAAAUUUUAUAUCACGUGUGUAUGUGUAUGAUUCCUGUGUGAAAAAAACAUAAUUCCAUUGCAGUCAGUAUACUUUUUGAUGCUCACAUGCCUCCAUUGCUGAUUAGAAGUUCUUUCAAGUAGGGUCUUUUCACUUGACCCCAUCAGUAGUUUGAUAGUUAUCAAACUAUUCAUUAUGGCUGCAAAGUAGAUACUGAAAGAAUAAUAGGUUUAGAAAAAAAAUCACUAUUUUCUAUCUGCUAAUGGAAUAAUAAAUCCAGUAAAUUCUCUUCAAUGGAUGCUGAAGCUAUCUGGUGAAAGAUUGAUGGAGUUUUAUAGUGGAUAUAUAAAGCUGGCCACCUCUGAACCCUUUGUUCAUUCAAUCUUAAUCUCAAUAAAAGUGGGACUAUGGACUAUCAGACAAUGUGUACUUCCUGAUAUAAUGCAUCAGGAAGUACCGAGCACUAGCUAUGAAGUCUUACCAAGUUAAUAUACUGAAGGGAUCAACCCUUUGCAUCAGAUUCUUUAAAAUCAAGAAUUGGGAGAAUAGAUGAAAGGGUAAAUGGCACCACAAUGAACUAAUUAACAAGAUCUGAUUUCUUCAAUGGGUGACAAGAAAAAAGAAAAGGAAAAGAGCAACCAUUAAUGGAUUAAAAGAGACUUGAGAGACAUAUAACUGAAUUCAUUUUGUGGGCAUUAUUUUGACCUGGAUUGAAUAAAAUAUAAAAUGACACUUUGGAGACAUUGGGGAAAUGUAUACAUGAACCAAGUAUUAGAAAUAAUUUUAUUAGGGGUGAUAAUGUCAAUGUGCUUAUUAAAAAAAUAAAAGACCCUAUUUGUUAGAAACAUGUACUUACAUAUUUAUGAAGUGACAAGGUGUCUGGGUUUGCUUUAAAAUAUUCCAACAAAAUAAGAAAAAAAAAUGGGGGAGAGCUGGAAUCUAGUUUGGCAAAAUGUUGACAUUAUUAUGGAGUGGUUCGUUCAUUGCUGUUCAUUCUUAUAAUAUUACUACUUUUUUUGAAGUGUGUGUUUGAAAGUUAUAUAAUAAAAUGUUUAAAAAUGCAGAUCAAAACUGAGGUAUAGAUAGAAAUGAAUGACAAUGAAAUGCUUACAUAUCUAAACUUGUAGAGGAUGUAACCAAAGUUCUAUUCAGUGAGAAAUUAAUACCCUUUAAUGCAAUAAGGAAACAUCAUUUGCAUAUGCAAUCGCAUUUUGUUCACUUUAUCCUCAGCAACCAAUUUAGGGCCUAUUACAUAGUAGGCACUUGAUAAAUGUGUUGCAAGAAUGAAUUGACAUUUAUGUCAAGAAACCAGAAAGAGAACAAAUUAAAACCUAAGCAAGUAAAGAGAAGCAAAGUACAAUUAAAAAUAGACAUUAAGAGACAAGACAAUAGCAGGCGUCAUCUAGUGUUAACAAUGACUAGAUUUUGGCAGAUCUAAUGAAAGAAAAAUAAAAGGUUAAUACAUUUAGAGCACUAACGAUGAAGGUAAUAAAACUACAAAUCAUCAAGAAGAUUCUUUGAAAGUUAUAAAUACUAUGUAUGUAUUCCAAAACAUGUAAAAGUAUAAAAGAAUAUGUUAUUACAGUUGGCUUCAUACUAUAGAACAUGAAAAAACAAAUGUGUAUGUGUAUAU